AUGGCGGCGCGGUCGCCGCCCUCACAGCUCCCUCCGCCCCCGGCGCGACACUUGGGACCCUGGUCCCCACGUGUUGGUCGGGGAGCUGUGGCACACGCAGUGCGCAGCGAGACCUCGGGUCUUGAGGGCGCAGCGCGGGAGGGCGUCGUGGACAAAAGCGAUUUACCCUGGCGGGGCGAAGAAGGGUCAGAGGGCCAGCGAGGGCCAGCGGGGACAGCUCCGGCUCAGGCUCCCCUCCUCAGCGCGCCCAUGGGGUCCAUGCGGCUAGAGGGCAUCUCGGUAGAGGAGGCGAUGGUGACCCGGACGCAGCUGCUGGAGGAAGAGCUGAGCAGCGUAAAGGAGGAGCUGGCCCUGUGUCAGGCUGAUAAAGAAUUCGUAUGGUCUUUGUGGAAACGCCUCCAGGUGACAAAUCCAGAUGUCACACAAGCAGUCAGUUUGGUUGUGGAAAGAGAAAAACGGAAAUCUGAAGCUAAAGACAGAAAAGUUUUAGAAAUUCUGCAAGUCAAGGAUGCUAAAAUACAAGAAUUGGAACAGAGAGAAUCAGGACUAACACAGGAAAUAAAUGACCUUGUAAAACGGAAGAUUGCAGUAGAUGAAGAAAAUGAUUUCUUAAGGAAAGAAUUCGGUGACUUGCAGAAGAAAUUUAAAGAGAAAAGUCAAGAAGUUAAGGACACUAAGGAGUGUGUGCAGAUUAAGGAAGAGCAAAACAGGCUGGUUAUAAAAAAUCUGAAGGAGGAAAAUGAGAAAUUAAGUAUCCACUGCGCUGACCUGCUAAAUGAGCUGGAGAAACUGAGGAAGCAGGAAGCACAUUGGAGAAAAGAAAAAUUUAGCAUUGAUGCAAAAGUAAAGGCCUUUGAAGACAAUUUAAUUGAAGCAAGGAAAGAAAUUGAAGUAUCACAGAGCAAAUAUAAUGCACUAUCAUUACAGCUGAAUAAUAAACAGACAGAACUUAUGCAGAAGGAUAUGGAUAUUACCUUGGUCAGGAAGGAGUUGCAGGAGCUACAGAAUCUUUACAAACAGAACAGUGCACAUACAGCACAGCAAGCCGAGCUGAUCCAGCAGCUUCAGGUUCUGAAUAUGGACACACAGAAAGUACUGAGGAACCAGGAAGAUGUUCACACAGCUGAAAGUAUAUCGUAUCAAAAACUUUACAAUGAAUUACAUAUUUGUUUUGAAACCACAAAAUCAAGUGAAGCUAUGCUCCGACAAAGUGUUGUUACUCUUCAGGAUCAGCUAUUUCAAAAAGAGCAAGAAAAUGCUAAAUUAAAAGAAAAGCUUCAGCAAUCACAAGAAACACUCUAUCCUUUACCUCGAGAAUGUGAUUCAGACCGCUCAGAACAGGUUUCUCAACAGCCAUCUUUAUCAAGCUUAGAAACCUUAAUGGUCUCACAGAAGUCUGAAAUUGAGUAUUUACAGGAGAAACUGAAAAUAGCAAAUGAAAAACUGUCAGAGAACAGAUCUACCAACAAGGGUUCCUCAGAGAAGAGCAUCUUGACAAGUACUGAAGGGAAACGUAAGGAACCACCUGUAAAACGUUCAAGGUCUUUGUCCCCAAAGAGCUCUUUCGCAGACUCGGAGGAACUUAAGAAGCUGAAGAAAGCUGAAAGAAGGAUUGAAAACUUAGAGAAGGCACUACAACUAAAGAACCAAGAAAAUGAUGAGCUAAGAGAUGCCCAUGAAAAACGCAAAGAAAGGCUACAGAUGUUACAGACCAACUACAGAGCAGUAAAAGAGCAAUUAAAACAGUGGGAAGAAGGCAGUGGCAUGAUGGAAAUCAGGAAAGUAAAGAGAGCAGAUCCUCAACAACUUCAACAAGAAGAUUCUGAUGCUGUAUGGAAUGAACUGGCCUAUUUCAAAAGGGAGAACCAGGAGCUAAUGAUUCAAAAAAUGCAUCUUCAAGAAGAACUGGAUAAACUUAAAGUACAUAUGUCUGUUGAUAAAGCAACAAUACAAGAAUUGAAUACAUUUAUGGCAGAGAGAAGAGAAGAACAACUCUUUAGACACGAUGAAGAUGAUGGGGUCAAGAAAAGUACUCCAGAGAAGAAUUGGAAAGAAAUGUCGAAGCAGACAUUACAGAAGGUCAUUGAAUUGGAAAAUCGGCUAAAAUCUUUUGAGAAAAGGUCAAGAAAAUUAAAAGAAGGGAAUAAAAAUUUAAUAAAAGAAAAUGAUUUCCUGAAAUCUCUUGUUAAAGAGCAGCAAGAAGAUGCAAAGACCAGAGAAAAAGAGCUGGAACAAUUAAAAAAGGGAAGUAAAGGUGUGGAAAAAGACAAAGCUAAACUUGAGGCAAAAAUCAGUGAGCUGGAGAUAGAAGUCAUUUCCCUAAGGAGACAAGUGGCAGAAGCUAAUGAGUUGAGAAAUGAAAAUGAAGAGCUGAUGAAUUCAAUGGAGAAAUUACAGCAUUCAGCGGACAAAGCUAAAUCUGAGAUGGCCACCACGGAAGCGCGAUCUGGAUCUGGGCAAUCUGAGUGUAAGACAACCACUACCAAGGUUAAAUUUAAAACAGCCAAGAAAAAGUGCUCUGUGGGUCGUUACCACACUGUUCUCAAUCACUCCAUCAAGGUCAUGAGCAAUGUGUUUGAGAACCUCAACAAGGACGACUGGGAGGACGUGAGUGAAAGCAGUGAUUCUGAAACACAGAACUUACGAAAUUUGGGAACAAUUAUUGUAGAAACAUCCCAAAAAAUAAGUCCAACAGAAGACAGACAAGACCAGAAAGAACGUGACCAAACGGAGGACAGCCAAAUGCAAGGAAAAGAAAUAGUACAGAUAUAUCCAAAUGUAGAGGACAAGACCCCAAAGAAUUAUUUUCACAAGAAUGCCAAAAAAUCAGCUCUUCAAAAGAAGAAUAGCAGUAUUCAAAAGACUUCACAUACAGCAGGUCCUACCAGAGUUAACAGAGAAAAGUGGAAAAAUAUAACUGCCCAGAAAUCAAAUAGUAAUGUUAUUUUAUUACGAGAACGGAUUGUAUCCUUGCAACAGCAAAACAGUGUGCUUUUGAAUGCCAAAAAAGCAGCAGAACUGGCUGUUAAAGAAUAUAAAGAAGUCAACGACAAGCUCCUGCAUCAGCAGCAAGUGUCUGAUCAACGAUUUCAAACAAGCAGACAGACAAUAAAGAAGCUAAAUUCGGAUUUGGCUGAGCUUCAAAAAGAAAAAGAAGAUUUACUAAAGAGAGUAGAAUCUUCAUCUGAAAUCACAUGUUUGACUGAAGAAGUUGCCCAGGUAACAGUUCCACGGAUACAGAUUACAUCACUUGGCCCUUCAAGGAGCAUGGAUUUGGAAAUGAAGCAAUUGCAGUGUAAACUAAAGAAUGCAACUAAUGAACUCACUAAACAAUCUUCAAACUUGAAGUCUCUGAAAUUUGAACUCCUAGCAAAAGAAGAACACAUAAAGGAAAUGCAUGAAAAGAUGUCUCGAAUGGAGAGAGAUAUAACCAUGAAAAGACAUUUGAUAGAGGACUUGAAAUUUCGACAGAAAGUAAAUUUGGAAAGUAAUGAGAGUAUUAAUGAAAUGCUAGAAAAUCUUGAAAAAAAGGUGAAGACAUUAACUGAGGAGUGUUCCAACAAGAAAGUAUCAAUUGAUUCACUAAAGCAAAGACUUAGCGUUGCUGUAAAAGAGAAGUCUCAGUAUGAAGAGAUGUAUCAGCAAACUAAAGAGGAGUUAGAAAAAAAGGAUGUCAAGCUUACUUUCCUCCUGUCAAAAAUAAAUGAGACUGAAUCUGCCAUGGCAGAGAUUGAAACAGCAGCAUCUAAGCAUCUUCAAGGAUUAGCAAUGCAAAGUGAGCAGGCCCUAGAAGGUGCACAGAAGAAACUGCUGCUAGCCAGUGAGAAAGUAGAAGAGUUCACCAUAUUUGUGAAGGCCUUGGUCAGAGAGUUACAAAAUGACAUCCAUUUGAUUAGGCGACAAAUCAGAGAGCUUAAAAAGAUGCAGAAAAACAGGGAUGCUUGUAAAACCUCAACCCAUAAAGCCCAGACCUUAGCAGCUUCUAUCCUGAACAUUUCACGAUCGGACCUAGAGGAAAUACUGGACACAGAAGAUGAAGCGGAAAUUGAAAGGGCAAAGACUGAGGCCGAAAAUGACAAAGAAUGGCUGUUGUACAUUCGGAAACUUCUUGAAGGACAGGUUUGGAGAUAUAGCGGUGAACAAGAGACAAAAAUCACUGUCCUCAUGGAGCUAAUACUUCUGGUGAUGGAGAACAAUAAACAGAUAAAAUAUAAAAACUAUGAAAGUUUUUCAACAAACUUGAACGGAAUUAUGGGUAUGUAUAAUGAAAUAUGUGUACUUAUAUAAAGCAAGUAAUAUACAGUUAAAACUGCAAUGUGCUUCUUUACUAGGAUUUAUAUUUCAAAAACCCUUAUCCAGGAAUGGCUAGAAAAUGUGUCCUGAUUUAGUUUUCCAGAUUUCACUCAGGCAGUUUUCAUCUACUUUGUGUAGAUCAUUUUCUUGUAUGGGAGCCAUAUCAAAAAUCCUGGCUUCGGUUGUUGAUAACUUAAAGUACAGACUUUGACCAGUGGUUUUUCUUUGCCUUUAAACCCUCUUCCUAUUAGGUUGCUUCAGAUCUUAUAAAUGCUGAAAUUUAAAAUGGCUCUUUCCUCUGUGCCCUUUCUGCAAAAUAUGCUUACCUUCUAGAGAUGCUUUGUGACACAGCAGUGGGAAGGUUUUAUAAAUCUCCCUGGCUUUAGUAAAUAGAAUAACUUCCAGCCUGAAGGUUACCAGAAAGUUUCUCUUUACAACAAAUGUCCUGAAGACCUUUACCCUGUUGCGUUCAGUGUUGCACUUACAACGUACUUAAAACAUGCCACAUACAUGCGAACUCCCAUGCUCACUCUCUCCACACACAUAAACACACACAGCCACCCACACACACUCACUCCUCACAUCCAGCUGAAGUUGCAAGAGUUAAAAAUUCUCCAUUCAGAGCCUUACUGG